GAAUUAAUCACCACGAAUGUGUCAACCCAGACGCAACACCAAUUGAACAGAAGACAUUUUUUUUCCGUAGAAGAAGCGUGUGCCAAGCGGUGCGAGUGUGUGUACGUGCGGAAAGGGAACUUGUCGGCAACCGUUCGCUCAGCUUUCUGGGGAAAUCGCUUCUCUCGGCGUUGUCGUUCGCAAUCUUCCCCAAUCGACCGCGAAAUACCCACCGAGAGAAUAGUGGAAGCGCGCGCGCGCACCCGCCUCUCACGGUCAAUGAAACGGGUGGAUAAUGUUUUGGUGUUUUUUCUUCUUCUUCUUCCUUCUGUUUGUUUGUUACGUAUGUUUCUGAUUGUGAUUGUGUUGUCGAAGCGUAUCACGACGCUAAAAUACAUCUGGGUGCUGUUAGAAUGAACAAAAUGUUUGGACAGAACUCUGAAAAUGGCCAUACACAAUUGUGUUGAGCAGUGUAGUUCACUCGAACAUCAAACAGCGAUUUAAACGUGUCGGGAAAUGCCGGACCAACAACGGAACGAUUGAAAGCGGUACACACACCGUUACCCAGUGUUAGGAGGCUCCACUCCAACAACGAACCAAAAAACAACAACAAAGUUCACCACGCUAGUCACCAGCAUAUAGGAUCGGUAUUUGAAAUCGCCGGAUUAUUCUGCAGCAUCAGCAAUGAAAAUGUGUCCCGUGCAGUAUGUCCGCCAUGACUGGAAACCUUUGCCGAGGGAUGAACGUUUGAAAGGAAAUACCAAAAGUGGAGCGUUCUCAAUGCGACAGCACGUAUUUGGGUUUGGGCUGGUGCUGAUAUUGAUGAUGCUGUUGCCGGAUGCACAAGCAACACCAAUGAAAAGUCGUUGCCUACAGUUUGGCACAACAUCCACGACCAACACGCAGCAGCAGAAUGGGCAGGAUUUUGUCGACGAUUACGAUAGCUACGACGAUCAGCCGGAACCCUCGGAUGAACCCGUGUUUGAUAAGAACGUCUCCACCGUCGUUACAUGCUCCCGGACAGCACCAUUUUGCUAUACACUUUGGACGUUCGACACUGUGAAGAAUGCGAGUCGAGUCGUUGUGCAAGGAUGCUGGGGCUCGACAGACGAUCAGGAAUCGUGCAGCAGUGCGGAAUGUGUCAGCACGACCGAAACACCUACCAAACACUUCUUCUGCUGCUGCAGCGGUGAUAGUUGCAAUGGGAAUUUCAGCUACCUUCCGCCGCCAACCACUGCCGACGGGUUAAGCGUGCGAGAGGAGAACGAAAACAUUACCCCGUUUGCACCGUACACCUCGAUCUGGAGUUCGCCAACGGUUUACAUCUGCUUUGCGCUGGUGUUUAUCAUUAUGCUGGGAAUCGUUGGUUUCAUAAGCUGCCGCCAGCUGCCGAAGAAAGGUGUGGCUGAGCUGCUGGAGCAUAUGGAACCGUCUGGGCCGGGGUACAGCUCGAAUCUCUAUAAUGUCGAUAAUCUGAAGCUUGUGUCGAUGAUUGGACAGGGCAAAUACGGAACCGUUUGGAAAGGUAUCGUCAAUGAACAACCGGUUGCGGUGAAGAUUUUUGCUGGCCAACAUCGUCAGUACUUUCUCAACGAACGUGACAUUUACACGGUGCCGCUGAUGGAAUCUCCUUCGCUUUUGACGUACUUUGGAUCCGACGAGCGACGAACGCUGGACGAUCGUGUCGAAUAUCUGCUCGUGCUGUCUUUGGCUCCACUGGGCUGCCUGCAGGAUUGGCUCACGGAUAAUCGCGUUCCGUUCAGCACCUUCUGCCGGAUGGGCAAAUCCAUCGCCAACGGUCUGGCACAUCUGCACACCGAAAUCCGCAAAGGAGAUCUAGUCAAACCGUGCAUCUGCCACCGCGAUCUAAACUCGCGCAACAUUCUCGUCAAGUCGGACCUUUCCUGCUGCAUCGGUGACCUAGGGUUCGCGCUGAAAACGUUUGGCGCACGGUACGAGUACCGUGGGGAAAUAACGCUCGCCGAAACGAAGAGCAUUAAUGAGGUCGGCACGGUACGCUACAUGGCACCGGAAGUGCUCGAAGGUGCCGUAAACCUGCGCGACUGCGAAUCCGCCCUCAAGCAGAUCGAUGUGUACACGCUGGCGCUGGUACUGUGGGAGCUGGCAAAUCGGUGCGAAGAUUUCUACCCCGAAGGCACCGCCGUGCCGGAGUACCGUGCACCGUACGAGGAGUACGUCGGUUCCAACCCUAGCUUCGAGCAGAUGCAAGUGCUCGUAUCACGCAACAAGGCCAGACCCUCGUUCCCGGCCCACUUUGGCGCCAGUCUCGUGACGCAGAUUGUGCGCGACACGUGUGAGGAUUGCUGGGACCAUGACGCGGAAGCACGGCUAACGGCCAUGUGUGUGCAGGAACGGCUGCAAGAGAUCGCACAGAUAAACCCCCGAGCGAGAAGCAUGCCGGUGAAGGCGUGCAGUCACGAUGAUGGCGCCACGCUGGAGAAAACUCAACUGUAUCAGUUGGAAAACGAUGGUCAAACGAUGGUUGCCAUGCUGGGACAACAUCAGCAGCGGUACAGCCCGGACGGGACGAUCGCAUUCAUGACACCGCCAAACCAGCAGAUCAUUCCUCAACUGCCCCCGGCGGGUUAUCGGGACGAUACGACGGGAUCGUACAAAUAUGGGAAGCUUUCGGUCGGGAACCUCUCCACAACGAACAGCGGCGCACCGUCGUCCUCCCAGUCGGAUGAGGACGAGCAGCAGCAGCAGCAGCAUACGGUGCGCAAAGGUGGAAACGCACCCUUAAUUCAGAAGGAAGCGGCCUUUGGCAGUACCGGCAAGGGUCUCGGUGGCAGCGUGAAGGUGAUGCUGCAGAAAACAUUCCACAAGAGCCACCUAGCCAACGGUUCGCUUGGGUACGACGGUGGGCAGGACGAUAGUGACGAUCGUUCGAAUCUGGUGGUGGUGGUCGAAUCAAGCGAUCCUUACCGAAACGGGCCACUGUCGCAGGAAGAAAUACUGAUGAACCAUCACAACAACCAACAGCAACCGAGUGUGCCGUGCGUUGCUAUGGAACGACCGACAAAUCUGGAUCUCGGUACCGGUAAGUACGAGAGCAAUUUGCUACUGCACGAACCACAUUCCGUUGGCAAUGUGCCCACGACCGAUGGAAACGCGAACCAACGGGGAAGUGUCGAGCGCUACGCCAAAGCGCUCGCUGACGCUGACUUUACCAGACAGUCGUUUGCCAUACUGGAUGAGGUUGACGGUACGUUGGACAGGGCAAGGGCCAGUAGCCACACUGCCACAAUGCCCGCCGGUCCCGACACGGCACACCAGACGUUGCGCAUCGUUAUCUCAAAAUCGGCGAAUGCCAUGCAUCCGCACAAGGGAACGCACGCCCGGCAAGCGUCGGAAAGCUCGUCGCCCCCGCCCUUCAUGGACGAUCGGUCACUGAAAAGGCAGCGCUCGUUGGAGGUGUUCCAGGAGGUGUUUGGACCGAAGGGUAGCAUCGAACGGCUGCGAAAUCCUAGUCAGCGUGUCAAGACGCCCGGCGAUGUGCCACCCUCGGUGCGGAAAGUGCGCGCAUCCAAGACACUCUCCUUGUACGACGAUCGUAUGAUGACGGGUGGUACGGUGGGGACCGGAAACCGGCUAGCAAACUCGGUAUAGCACGAGGAGGUUCUGCUACUGGAGCUCUAAAGGGUGUGCGUACCAAGAGAAGGGGGUGGGGGGGGGGGGGGGCGUAACCAAUUAUUUGCUAAGCUAAAUUGCUACAGUGCCCAAGAGCAGGAAGCCAACACUCUUUCAAAAAGACAGCGCUCUAAAUUUUAUUCGCUUCCGUUUUCCGGUUUCCUUUUACAUGGUAAGGUGCUUUCUAUGCAUAGGGGAAAGUAUUCCCUCACGCGCUCGCACGAAUUGUUUCCUGUGCUUGAUUUUGUGCGCCAGCCCGAGCACCUAAUCUCCUUUCCUGAAGCGCUGUGCUUUAGUUUACAACUAAUUUUAUUGUGCAGUUAGGAUGAGUAAUCGUAAGGAUCUUUUCUGUGCGUGCCGCUUCUUCGCUACAAGCGGAGAACGCCUAACGCUGCAUUCUCAUAAUUUUCCCAUAAGCUUCAUAGAAUAAUUAUGAAACCGUACAUUUUGAUGUACUCCAAAAUGAGAGAGAGAGAGAGUGUCAUUUGAAUUAGAGUAGCAGGGAGAAUGCCGGGAAAUUGUUGCAUCCCUGUGUUAAGGCAAGCAACCUAUUUAAACUAUAAUGUGGACUGAUUGAAUGCCAGCAUAAUAAUACACACACACCCACACGAAAGAAAUGGUGUGGUGUUCCUUCCCUGUGGCAAUUCCUACUAAACAGGAUUUGGAUCUCAUCGUUCCCAAAACAGGGAACCAGGGGAACACACUGAAAAGGUAACGAGAUCGUUAAGUAAGGAGCUAAAAGCAACAAAAAGAAACAACCUCACUUAUAGGAAUGUUCGGUGUAUUAGAUAAGUGUCUCUAUUACUGAUGCAUACUUACAACACAUAAAUAGCAGGGUUUUCAUGUGCCCUGAUUCCAACAGUAAUACCUAUUAGAUAUGCACCCGUGCGUGCACCGCACCCCAUUGUGCAGCACAACAAACACACACACACACACAACCAUCACCAUAGCCCCCAGUUGUUUCUACUGCUACUACUUCUUCGAGACAGUGUGUGGUUUUUAGGUGCUUUUUCGUUGAUGAUAGCGAUAGUAAUGUACAAUGUAAGAAAUAACGCGCGCAGUAUUCCAGGUUCACCAUGAGGAACAUACCUACGGAAGGGUCAUAAAAGGGCACACACACACACGUUGGAUACCAAACUUACACCAAAAAGUAAUAAGCAACAAAACACAUCUACAUUAAUUGGUCGGAGUCAUUAAGAAUAAAAGCGUUAGCGAAAAGAGAAGUAUUACUAGAAAUGCAUAA